AUGGCACGUUUCUUCUUGGGCCUCAUGGCGCUGUUGGCGACGGCUCUGUCGAGCUUUGCUGUCGCCGAGCGCAUUCCCGGCGCCUACAUCUUUGAGUUUAUCGAUGGCUUUGACUCGCUCGAAUUCCUCCGGACGUUCGAGAAGCAGUGCAGCCUGCGGAUGAACCUCCGGUAUAAGCUCUUCAACGGCGCGUCGGUACAGCUCGAUGAUCUGCAGCACGCGGAUGAGAUUGCCUACAGGAUGGCCAAGUCACCGGGCGUCAAGAACAUGUGGCCGAUGCGGACGUACGGCGCGCCCGGAGACCGCGUCGACUGGGUCGGGACGAUGGACGAGACGUCGUCGUCGAGGCAGGCCGAGAGGGCGCUGCUUGCGCGCAAGGCUGGGAUGGGCGGCGGCGGAUUUGGCAACGGAAGCGCCGUCGACGACUUCUCGCCGCAUGUCAUGAUGCAGGUGGACAAGCUGCGGGCCAAGGGCGUCACGGGCAAGGGGGUGAAGGUGGCCAUCAUCGACUCAGGGGUCGACUACAAGCACCCGGCGCUGGGCGGCUGUUUCGGCGAGGGCUGUCUCGUGGCCCGUGGCGCCGAUUUUGUGGGCGACAAGUACGACGGCAACAACGCGCCCGCGCCCGACGACGACCCAAUGGACUGCUCAGGCCACGGGACGCACGUGGCGGGCAUCAUCGCGGCGCAGCCCACGGGAAAUCUUUUUGGCUUCACCGGCGCGGCGCCCGACGUGUCGCUGGGCGCGUACCGCGUCUUCGGGUGCGGCGGCUCGACGGGCGAUGACGUGCUCAUGUCGGCGCUGUACCGGGCCUACGACGACGGCAGCGACAUCAUCACCAUGUCCCUCGGCUCGCCGAGCGGCUGGUCGGAGCGUCCGUGGGCGGUGGCUGUGUCGCGUAUCGUCGCCCGCGGCGUCGCCUGCACCAUGUCGGCCGGCAACGAGGGCGAUAGGGGCCUCUUCUACACGGGCGGCGCGGCCGACGGGCUGGGCGUCGCGUCCAUCGCGUCGUACGAGAACACGGUGACGCCGACGCUCUUCCACAACAUGACGUAUAGGGUCGAUGGCGGGGAGGACCACGUCGUGGGCUUCACGCCCGGCGCGCCCAAGAACUGGAGCGACGUCUCGCUGCCGCUCUGGGCGACGAGCUUCAACACGAGCUUGACCAACGACGCGUGCAACCCUCUACCCAACGACACGAACACGCCGUCGGACCUGAGCAACCACAUCGUGCUCAUCCGGCGCGGCGGCUGCAACUACGCCGUGAAGCUGGCCAACGCGCGGGCCAAGGGCGCCCGCUACUUCCUCCUCUACAACAACGUCCCCGGCACGGCCGACGUCGAGGUCUCGGCCGACGAGGUCAAGGGCGUCGUGGCCAUCGGCAUGGUGCCACCCGAGACGGGCGCCACGUGGAUCGAGCUCCUCAAGGCCGGCAAAGAGGUGGUGGCCUCGCUCACCGACCCGGCCGCCAGCCUGCCGUUCCUCGUCAGCUACCCGAACCCGGGCGCGGGCGGCGCGCUCAACGACUUCACCUCGUGGGGGCCGACGUGGGACAUGGACGUCAAGCCGCAAUAUGGCGCCGCCGGCGGGCACAUCCUAUCGACGUACCCCGUGGCCAAGGGCUCGUACGCCGUGCUCAGCGGCACCUCGAUGGCGUGUCCGCUCGCCGCGGCCGUCUACGCCCUCGUCGGACAGGUCCGCGGGCGCGUCGACCCGGAGGAGAUAGAGAACCUCUUAUCCGCCAACGCGGACCCGCAGCUGUUCAACAACGGGACCGCCUUCUCCCCGUACCUCGCGCCCGUCGCCCAGCAGGGGGCGGGCAUCAUCCGCGCCUACGACGCCGCCUUCUCCACGACCCUCGUCGAGCCCUCGUCUCUCGCUUUCAACGACACCGAUAGCUUCAUCGACUCCCUCAACUUCACCAUCAUCAACUCGGAGGAGCGCGGCGGCAAGGCCAUCACCUACCGCAUCUCCAACGUCCCCGCCGUCACCAUGUACGUCCUGGCCAAGGACUCCAUCUUCCCGCACAAGUUCCCCAACGACGCCGUCGUCGACGCCCCCGCCGCCCUGCGCUUCAGCCGCUCCAGCGUCACCGUCCUGCCGGGUCGCUCCGUCAGCAUAUCCGUCGCGCCCACCCCGCCGCAGGGCGUCGACGCGCGCCGCCUCGCCCUCUGGUCGGGCUACGUCGCCAUCAACGGCUCCGACGGGAGCUCCCUCUCCAUCCCCUACCAGGGGCUCGCGGGCUCCCUGCGCGGCGCCACCGUCCUCGACCGCACCAACGGGACGUGGGUCGCCCGCGCCGCCGACAAGGACAAGGACGAGCCCCCGCGCGUCGCCAACGGCACCGCCUUUGUACUCCCCCGGCCCGGCGAAAAGACGGACAACUCUACCUUGCCCAUGCUCGUCGCCAACCUCGCCCUCGGCUCGCGCUACGUGAGCGUCGACGUCGUGCAAGUAGCCAACAACGACACCGAGCGCGGCAGCAGCAGCAGCAACAACAACAACACGUCCAUGGCCAUUGCCGACUCGCCCACCAUGUGGGAGACGAGAGACAAGCUCAAGUUCCCCUGGAACGGCAAGCUGAGCACGGGCGAGUACGCGCCCGAGGGCACGUACCGGUUCGUCACGAGGGCGCUGCGCCUCACGGGCGACCCGGACGACGAGGACGACUUUGACGUGAGCACGUCGCAGAGCAUCAGCAUCACGUAUAGACAGUGA